CCCUUCGUCAAGCGAAGACUACAAAUCUUUCUGGAGCAGCGAAGAGGAGAGGAGAGUCGGAACAUCCACUCAAGCGAGAACAUCUCCACGCCGUCAUUCCAUGCACCCCUUGUACGUCCUCCCUUGUGUUGUACCGUGUUCUCAGCUUAUUUUCGCGGCCAGUACUAGAGGAACAGGGCGUUUAUGGCCGCCACGCUUUUAACGAUGAGCGCUGGGCUUGCUCCAGGACCAGAUGAGUUUUACUCUUUCAUAAAGCCAUCGCUGUCGGACGGUUUCCCAGACGAUUCGUCUCUGUUCUCCUUUGAUUGCAAAAGUAAUGACGCGGAUAGGACUGCAUCAAGCGACUACUCUCAGGCUAAGUUGGAGAUGGAUAAAUAUCUCACCCCUCAGCCCCAUCCUCUGCAGGACGGGAGGAAGUCUCGGCGGGAGAGCGCGUCCGUGGUGGACCAGUUCUUCUGCGAGGACCACUGCUCCCCGUACAGCAUCAACAUGAAUGUGUACCUGCCGGACCUGGCCUACCUACGCACCGGCCUGUGCCGGGCCUCGUCCCGCCAGCCCGCUUGUGCCCAGGUGAAGACCGAGCCCAGCAGCACCUCGUCGUUUGGACACUCAGACUGCCCGGGGGGGGCAGCGGCAGUGGCCCCCCAUCCGCCCGCCUUGCCGGACUUCACCAGUGUGUUCAGUCCGGCCGCUGGCAGUGGCGUGGACGCCUCGGUUGAGGUGCCCUCCGGGGGCGUGUUUGUGAAGCAGGAGAUGCCCUCCUUCGAGCUGCCCCAGGACGGCCCUCUCUACCAGCUGCUCACCUCCGAGCUGGACCUGCCCAUGCAGCACGGUCACCCGGGCAACGCUCACCCCGGCAACGCUCACCCGGGCGACGCCCACGCCCACAUGCAUCCCAUCUUCCAUGACCUGCACAUGGUGGCCCAACAGACUGCUGCUAAGCCCUACUCCUGCGUGAGCGGGGGUGCGGGCUUCGCCGUGCCCUACGCCCCCCAGCCGCCGCAGCCCAAGGCCCCCUACCUGCCCCCCUCGCCCCCCAGCUCCGAGCCCGGCAGCCCCGACCGCCACAAAGAGCUCCUGCACAACCUGACGCCCCCCCCCUCCUACGCCGCCACCAUCGCCUCCAAGAUGGCCACCCAAGCCCCCGCAGCGCCGCCCCAGCCCCCCCGCACCCACAGCACCCACAGUGCCCACAGCGCCCACAGCGCCCACAGCCAGGCCAUGCAGGUCCGCUACAACCGCAGGAACAACCCCGACCUGGAGAAGAGGAGGAUCCACCACUGCGACUUCCCAGGUUGUAAGAAAGUCUACACCAAGUCCUCCCACUUGAAGGCUCAUCUCCGGACACACACGGGUGAGAAGCCCUACAGGUGCACGUGGGACGGAUGCGACUGGCGAUUUGCCCGUUCAGACGAGCUCACCCGACACUUCCGCAAACACACCGGAGCCAAGCCCUUCCAGUGUGCGGUCUGCAACCGAAGCUUCUCACGAUCCGACCACUUAGCCCUCCACAUGAAGAGACACCAGAACUAACACACACACACGCACACACACACACACACACACACACACACACCUGGAUCUACACAUGAAGAGACACCAGAACUAACACACACACACACACUUGGCUCUACACAUGAAGACACCAGAACUAAAGCACACACACACACACACACGCGCACACACACACCUGGCUCUACACAUGAAGAGACACCAUAACUAAAGCACACACACACACACACACACACACACACACACACACACACACACACACACACACACACACACACACACACAGACUCCUGGCACUGCAGAGGGAGUUGGGUAGUGGUCCUCCCUGUGAAAUGUUCAUUCCUGAGGCUCCAUGUUGCUAUGGAGACCCUCUUAGCCAUACUGGAGACCUGAGGCACUACCCCAUUCCACCUACUGGUAGCGCACACACACACACACACACACACACACACACACACACACACACAUAUACACACACACACACACACACACACACACACACACACACACACACCUUCACGUGCCCUUUAAGUUCCGGACGUGGUGAUGAGCAGAUACUAAAAUAGCACAGAUACACUUGUGUACACAUAUACACUCUUAGCCAUACAGAUGAAGCAAACUAAUAAAUAAAUAGAGACAAAUUCACACACACACACACACACACACAUAUUCAAACACACUAAGCCAUACUGUAAUGUCAGUUCGGUGUCGAAAUUGAGUUUACACACAAACACUCACUCAGCCAUACUGUUUUCUCAGUUCGGAGUCAAAAUUGAGUUUACACACACACACACACACACACACACACAUUGAGCCAUACUGUAAUGUCAGUCUGGUGUUGAAAUUCAGUUUACAUACAGAACACACACACACACACACAGAUGGCACUUGUGAAUUGUUGAAGAUGUUUUCAUCAUUGUGUACGGCGCUGCAACAGACUGUUAGCUAGCGUCUGCCGAUUACCCACAGUAUUUCCAGCGGUGGUCACUUCUCCUUCUGUCCGUUGCAAAAGAGAAUGGGAACCUGUGGCUUUACUUAUGUUUUUUGUUUUAUUUAUUUAUUUCUUUCAUUUUUAAUUUGAAGACAUUUGUAUUCGAGUUCAUUUACUGCACCGCCCUGCUUCAAAGAGCAAUAGAGUUACUGUACAUCGGAGCUUACGUUCACUGUCAAAAACUGGAUUAAGGAAAUGUUUUUUGAACUUUAUUUCUCAGAGAGUCUCUCCAGUUGGUGUGUGUCUUCUACAGGGUGGGCUUAGGAGAAGUAUGAAUUUACACGACUGGAACCACAACAGGGUCCCUUAACAAACUCCCUCCUCUGAGUUAUGGGCUAGGGGAAGUAGCAGGUUUUUGUUUCAGGCUAAAACAGCAGCAUUGGGAUCUGUUGAAUUCAUUGAAUAUGAAGCUAACUUUACAGCACUAUCACACAGCAUUUGGGAUCUGUUGAAUUCAUUGAACAUUAAGCUAACUUUAGAGCACUAUCACUGACGACACGCACUUGCACUUGAAACACUGAACUGGAGAGACGGUAUUCAAGUUUAUUUGCAUCUUUUGUUUUUGUUUUUCCUCUGAGCAUCACUGGAAUCAUUUUCAUCAUUCAUUUGUUCUUUCAUUCACUCAUUCUUUGAUACUGGACUUUGAUUUGAACGCCAUGGGAGAGAGCCCCUCACGAAACUGAAGUCAUUGUAGAGGCCGAGUAAGAAGCUGAAGCACUUCUACUGAACAACUUCGACGCGCUGGGUAAUGGAAGGGGGAGAUCAGUGAGAGGGUUAGUGUUUGACCGAGAGGGUUAGUGUAUGAGUGAGAGGGUUAGGGGUAAAGAUAAAGGGUUAGUGUUUGACCGAGAGGGUUAGUGUAUGAAUGAGAGGGUUAGGGGUAAAGAUAAAGGGUUAGUGUUUGACCGAGAGGGUUAGUGUAGGAGUGAGAGGGUUAGGGGUAAAGAUAAAGGGUAAGGGUUUGACCGAGAGGGUUAGAGUAUGAAUGAGCGGGUCCUCUUGUGAAGCAGCUCACAUGAAUGUAGAGUUAAAUAAUACAAUUAUUAAAAACCCUUUUUUUUUUUUUCUAGAGCAGCUUUCAUGUUGAUUUUCGGCCAUGGUUUUCUGGAAUAAUGCCUUUUAAAGAAAAAAACAAAAAAAAACAAACAAACUAAAAAAAAAACAGCUUUCAUGUUAAGUGCCUUCUGAGUUGUUUCCCAAACGUUUUUUUUAAAUAAUACUUUUCUAUUCUCACCCAGCAGUCACUGCUAAUCAACUGUAAUCACCACCUUUUACAAGCUUAAGAAAGUGCUUCACACCAAUCGUUCAUCUCCACUUGUAAAUCCAUUUUUUUAAUUUAUUAUAUAGCUUUAGUGAAGAGGAAUUUGAUCAAUCAGCCAUGUCAUGUACCUAAGAAGCCUUAAUGUAAAUAGCCUAAUACUUCCUGUAAAUAUUGUUUGAUUGUUUUGUGUUUUGUCAUUGUUCCUUUUCCCAUUGAAACAAAGGGGUGUUUUGUCUGAGAUACCCUGCACCAUAUUGUGUGACUAUUUGAUGUUUAUUUGAAUAAUUUUAUUUCAUUUUUUUUUACACUGUACUUAAUCUUAUUUUGUAGAUUCUGAUGCAAUUUCCUAAAACAAAAUGAGACGAAAGUUGUGGUUGGCAACUAAAUGAAAACGCGAAACUAUUAAAAAUCUACUUGGUACUUUUCA